AUGGCAUUGCCUGCUCAUUUGCAAGAGACAUUCAGUCCAGAAGAAGUGCAGUUUCUAGUGGAAGAAGAGACAGUUAAGAUAUUUCCCCGUAUAACUACGAGACAGAAACGGAGGGAUAAGAACAGAGGAGCAUACGGUGAUGUGGAUACAAAAUGGAGUAUGUUAACCACUGAAAACGACAACUUGAAUAAUAUGGUAGCGAUGAGGUCUACUGAAGUAAAGCUGUGGAUAGCGUUGUUAUUGAAACAACAAAACAAAUGUAGUAUAGUGGCUCCCUCCUGGCUGACAUUACGCGAACUUAAUCGUAAGAUCCAACAAGAAACGAAUAACUCAGAUAGGUUUUGCGAUUUACCAUGGAAUUGGUUGGUAAUCGCCAAUGUACUGUUUGCAAAAGCAGCAGAUGAUUUUCAUGAUCCAGUACAUGAAUUGCGUAGCAAAGUUCAAGACCUCCGAGAAAUAAGACAAACGAAAGUGCUGAAAGGUUUAAAACAAUUAAAUGCAUCUCAUUUACAACUUGAUAAUCUGAGUUUGCUAGAAAUUAAUGAACUUCGACCAUUUAUAGUGAGGACGAUGGAUAAACUUCGAGAGAUUCAUGAUUCUGCCAAUACGGAUGGUGGAGUAGUUGAUGGAGACGAAGAAGAAAUCUAG